AUACGACAGAGAAGGUGAACCCUCUCAAUUGGCUGCAGUUGACAUUUUUGUUAGUACUGUUGACCCUUUGAAGGAGCCCCCUCUUGUCACUGCCAAUACAGUGCUGUCAAUUCUUGCUGUGGAUUACCCUGUUGAUAAGGUUUCUUGCUAUGUUUCUGAUGAUGGAGCUGCCAUGCUGACAUUCGAAGCCCUGGCUGAAACCUCAGAAUUUGCAAGAAAAUGGGUUCCUUUCUGUAAGAAAUAUAGUAUUGAACCCCGAGCUCCUGAAUGGUACUUUGCACAAAAGAUUGAUUAUCUGAAGGAUAAGGUUCAUCCUUCAUUUGUCAAAGAUCGCCGAGCAAUGAAGAGAGAGUAUGAAGAAUUCAAAGUUCGCAUCAAUGGCCUUGUUGCAAAGGCACAAAAAGUUCCUGAGGAAGGAUGGAUCAUGCAAGAUGGAACGCCUUGGCCUGGAAAUAAUACCAGAGAUCAUCCUGGCAUGAUACAGGUUUUCUUAGGGCAUAGUGGAGGGCUUGACAGUGAGGGGAAUGAGCUUCCACGGUUAGUCUAUGUGUCUCGUGAGAAGCGUCCUGGUUUUCAACAUCACAAGAAGGCUGGUGCCAUGAAUGCUCUUGUACGGGUUUCAGCUGUCCUUACCAAUGGAUCCUAUAUGUUGAAUCUGGAUUGUGAUCAUUACAUAAACAACAGCAAGGCAUUGAGGGAAGCUAUGUGUUUCCUUAUGGAUCCAAACCUUGGGAGAUCAGUUUGUUAUGUACAAUUUCCACAGAGGUUUGAUGGUAUAGACAGGAAUGAUCGGUAUGCCAACCGUAAUACUGUGUUCUUUGAUAUUAAUUUAAGAGGUCUCGAUGGCAUCCAAGGCCCUGUCUAUGUGGGCACAGGGUGUGUGUUCAAUAGAACUGCCUUGUAUGGCUAUGAGCCUCCCGUCAAGAAGCAUAAGAUCGGUGGAUUCUUGUCUUCACUCUGUGGUGGUUCUAGGAAGAAAACUAAAUCAAGCAAGAAGGCGGACAAGAAAAAAUCAAACAAGCAUGUGGACAAUACCGUGCCAGUAUUCAAUCUUGAGGACAUAGAAGAGGGAGUUGAAGGAGCUGGAUUUGAUGACGAGAAGUCAUUGCUCAUGUCACAAGUGAGCUUGGAGAAAAGGUUUGGCCAGUCUACUGUCUUUGUUGCCUCCACGCUAAUGGAACAUGGUGGCGUUCCUCAGUCAGCAACACCUGAAUCUCUCCUAAAAGAAGCUAUUCAUGUCAUCAGCUGUGGCUACGAAGACAAGACAGACUGGGGUAAUGAGAUUGGAUGGAUUUAUGGCUCAGUUACAGAGGAUAUUCUUACUGGAUUCAAGAUGCAUGCUCGGGGUUGGCGUUCAAUCUACUGCAUGCCUCAUCGUCCAGCCUUCAAAGGAUCUGCCCCCAUCAACUUGUCAGAUCGUCUGAACCAAGUGCUUCGGUGGGCCCUGGGGUCUGUUGAGAUUCUCUUCAGUCGGCAUUGCCCCAUUUGGUAUGGCUAUGGAGGCCGUCUCAAAUUCUUGGAAAGAUUUGCCUACAUUAACACCACAAUCUACCCACUUACUGCUAUCCCCCUCGUUGCAUACUGUACAUUGCCAGCCAUCUGUCUCCUUACUGGAAAGUUCAUCAUCCCUCAGAUCAGUAAUAUUGCAAGUAUUUGGUUCAUCUCUCUCUUUAUUUCCAUCUUUGCCACCGGUAUACUUGAAAUGAGAUGGAGUGGCGUCGGGAUUGAUGAAUGGUGGAGAAACGAACAGUUUUGGGUUAUCGGUGGUGUCUCUGCCCAUCUCUUUGCCGUCUUCCAAGGUCUUCUCAAGGUCCUCGCAGGUAUUGAUACCAACUUCACCGUCACCUCAAAGGCCUCUGAUGAGGACGGCGACUUUACUGAGCUCUACAUGUUCAAGUGGACUACACUGCUCAUACCGCCUACGACCCUUCUCCUUGUCAACCUCGUGGGUGUUGUCGCUGGCAUCUCGUACGCUAUCAACAGCGGGUAUCAGUCAUGGGGUCCGCUCUUUGGGAAGCUCUUCUUCGCAUUCUGGGUCAUUGUCCAUUUGUAUCCUUUCCUCAAGGGUUUGAUGGGGAGGCAGAAUCGGACUCCGACGAUUGUAGUUGUCUGGGCUAUUCUGCUUGCAUCUAUCUUCUCUUUGUUGUGGGUUAGGGUUGAUCCUUUUACUACUAGAGUUAUUGGACCUGACGUUCAACAAUGUGGAAUCAAUUGCUAAAGUUCUUGAUUAUCAAACUGAUAUUUAUAUUUUUAUGUAUCCUUGUAUAGGGCUUAUCAUGUAGCCCAAGUGUAAGUAUAAAAGGUGCAUCAGGUGUGUUUUAGCAACAUUUUUUUGGAUA